CCUUCAUCCUUCUCACAGCAUCCAGGCCACAUUGCAGGUCACCUGUUUUUAAACUGUGGCAAUGAAGUGGAGUGUAGUUUGUCUUGUGGCAGUGGCCAUGCAUGGCUGUCUGUCUGAUGCUCAAAGUAAAUAUCCACCGAUUAGACCGUUGUACCCACCCAAGAAUAGGAACCCAGUGAAGAUCCAACCAAAAGAACUCAUCCAGAGUAAGCAACAAUUUGAGACACCACUGGAUUGGACUUAUCCUGCUAAUCCAGUGCCAGAGGCCAAGGUUUAUGGGAGAUCAGAGAGAAGAAGCCCUGUGGCUGCCAAUUCAGUGGUCAUUUUUUGCAAUGAGAACAUGAUCCAUGUCGAAGCAAAGCAAGACCUGCUGGGGAUUGGAGAGCUUAUCCACAUUGAUGACCUCGUUUUGGGAGACUGUGCUCACACUGGAUUUGACAAUGCCAAUAAUGUGAUCAUCUUUCAAGCUGAACUUCAGGCCUGUGGCAGCUUUCUAACAAUGACUGAUGCCUCGCUCAUCUACAGCUUUAUGCUAAAUUACAAACCCAACCCUCUGACAUCCACCACCAUCAUCAGGACAAAUGACGUUUCCAUAACUGUUGAGUGCCACUAUCCAAGGAAACACAAUGUGAGCAGCAUGGCCCUGAUCCCAACCUGGACCCCAUUUUCAUCUGCUAAGUAUGCAGAGGAGUUCCUGUACUUCUCCCUGAGGCUUAUGACUGCCGACUGGCAGUAUGAGAGGGACAGCAACGAAUUCUCAUUGGGUGAUAUUUUGAAUAUUGAGGCGUCUGUCAUGCAGUACUUCCACGUCCCCCUGCGUGUCUUUGUGGACAGCUGUGUGGCCACUCUGGAACCCAAUCCAAAUGCCAGUCCAAACUAUGCCUUCAUUGACAACCACGGGUGUCUGAUUGAUGCCAAGAUCACAGGUUCCCACUCCAUGUUUAUGGCUCGUUCAGAAGACCACAAACUCCAUUUCCAGCUGGAGGCUUUCAGAUUCGGCAGUCAAAAAACGGGUAGCCCAUCUCAAAUCUACCACAAACCCAGUAACCCAAUGACAACCCACAAAAAAACCCCGUACAUAUCUCCCAGGGCCAGGGGGACCAAACAUCCUCAUGACAGCACCCUGGGUAACCAACAUCUUCCCCGUGAACAAAACCCGGAUGGCAGAACUCCUGUUGAUAUCACAGCUCACACAUCUCCUCCUAAGCAACAUGACAUGAUCUACAUUACCUGUCACUUGAAGGCAGCCAGAGUUUCCAUGCCCAUUGACUCUAAUUACAAAGCCUGCUCAUUUGUUAACACGUGGAGAGAGGCUGGCGGGAAUGAUGGAAUGUGUAACUGCUGUGACUCCACCUGUGGCACCAGGAAUGCCCGUGACGUCACCAGGCCCAAAACACCGGCAUAUACAUGGGAAGGAGACGUUCAGCUCGGUCCCAUCAUUAUCUCAGAGAAAGUUAUGUGAAUUCAAACCCUGCCAUUUGCAUGACCAUUAAAAUAAACAUUGUUGAUGGUUCAUC